CUUCCUUCUCCCCUUUUGUUGUUUUCUCCUCAAACUCUCUUGGAAAGCUCCUCCCAUUUAUUGACCCACAUCGCAAUUUCAUCUAUGCAUUUUCCCUGUUUCCUCUCCAUCUUCUGCUGGAAGAGGACAAAAAGAAGAAGCUUCUUCUUUUGCUCUUUCUUUUGCCACUGCCAUGGCUUCUACUGGUUUCCACAGGCACCCUCUGGCUUAUGCCCUUCUGAUUGGGGUUUUUGCUUCCAGUGUCAGCGCCAUCGACAUCUUUCUUGAAUGGAAUGUGACAUUGGACUUCACAAUCAAACCUGUAUCUCAGGAGCAGCCUGUUAUUGCCAUUAAUGGGUUGUUCCCUGGACCUCUGAUUAAUGCCACAACAAAUGAUUUUGUUCAUGUGAAUGUCUUCAACAACUUGGAUGAGCCCCUGCUUUUUACCUGGAAUGGGAUACAACAAAGGCUAGACUCAUGGCAAGAUGGGGUCUCUGGAACAAACUGUCCAAUUCUACCAGGUACAAACUGGACUUAUGUGUUUCAGACCAAGGACCAAAUUGGCAGCUUCUUCUACUUCCCAUCAAUCAACUUUCAGAAGAUGGCUGGAGGAUUUGGACCGAUUCGUGUCAACAACCGUAAUGUGAUCGCCGUUCCCUUCCCAAAACCAGAAGCUGAGUUUGACCUCCUCAUUGGUGAUUGGUCUUUUGACAACUACAAGAUAAUCAGAUCCCUGAUGACCGAUCCAAUAAUCGCAUUCAACAGCAUCCCGAACAUAAUGUUGAUGAAUGGAAAGCCACCAUUUGGCCACCCUGAUGGAAAAGCCUUUGAAUCAUUCACUGUCACACAAGGGAAGGUUUACAGGUUCAGGAUAUCGAACGUCGGGACAACUUUGAGUUUCAACUUCGGGAUUCAGAACCAUCAAAUGUUGUUGGUUGAGACAGAAGGAUCUUACACCAAUCAGACCACGUUAGAUUCACUUGAUGUUCAUGUGGGGCAAUCCUAUUCCGUUCUUGUCACUGCAAACCAGAUCGAUGCGGAUUAUUUCAUCGUAGCAUCUCCAAAAUUGCUGAAUGUCACAGAAUUUGGCAGCCUCAUCGGUGUGGGAGUGCUACACUAUUCCAAUUCUGCUGCGCAACCCAUUAGCCCUUUACCAACUGGCCCCGACCCAUUUGAUCUCGACUUUUCAGUAAAUCAAGCAAAAUCCAUCAGAUGGAACAUGACCACAGGAGCUGCAAGGCCAAAUCCUCAAGGAACUUUCAAUGUGACAAAUGUGACAUUAUCACAAACUUUCAUCCUUCAAAACUCAGUGGACGUAAUUAAGGCAUCGCCCCACGCUCUUGUCAACAACGUGUCCUACCUCACAAUCGAUACCCCGUUGAAGCUUGCCGAUCACUUAGUCAACGGUUCUGGAGUGUACCAACUUGAUGCAUUUCCUGUUCAACCUGUCAAUCUUAAUGCUUCUUUUGGAACCUCUGUUGUCACUGGAAACCACAAAGGUUGGAUAGAAAUUGUCCUAAAAAACAACUUGGGCUUCAUAGACUCUUGGCAUCUAGAUGGUUUUGGAUUCUAUGUCGUUGGGUUCGGAAAUGGAGACUGGACACCGGAAUUGCGCAACACGUACAACCUAUUCGAUCCAGUUGUGAGAUCAACGGUGCAGGUGUAUCCAGGAGGAUGGAGUGCAGUUUUUGCUUUCCUAGACAACCCAGGGAUGUGGAAUUUGAGGUCACAACUCCUGAAAAACUGGUUUUUAGGCCAAGAACUUUACCUAAGAGUUCAUGACAGUAAUCCUAACCCGGCUAAGGAGCGGCCACCGCCUGCAAACCUCCUCCUUUGCGGGAUUUUUAAUCAAUCAUUUGUCCCGGUUAGUGUGCCACCUCCGCUCCGCCCGUGAUUGUGUGAUAGCGAUUAUGAAGACUUGAUAAAGCUAUUACUUUUGGUUUGAUACUGUCUGAUAAGACCUAUAAGACCUGCAACAGGGGGAAAAUCUUUAUCUUUAUGACUUUACUCACUUUGUCUGUGACAUAUAUGCUGUAGAAGAUGUGGCUUGUUUUGGUAAUAUUUUAUUCUCACUGUGCCACUGGCAAAGUCACAAUAUUGAUUCAUUAAUUUUCCUUUGCAA